GCGGCCAUGCCUAGCACACAGAUGACGGAUUAAUGGACAGACACAGAUUGGGGAGGCUCCCGCCCCCUGCCCAGGCUGCUAUCCACCAGGUGUCUGCCACCCCAGCUGCCGCUGGCAUGGGGGACUGACUAGGGGUCAGCUCUGGGGCCAGAGGGGCAGACCUGGGCUCCUGGGAAGUGAAAAGUGAAUCCCCGAGGCCCCCAGGACCUGCCCUCAGGCCCUGGCAUGUCCUUGACCCCAUUGAGCAGUUGGGUCUAGGAGCUGGGUGGGCCCUGCUCUCUUGGCGACCCCUGCUCUGCCCCACUUACUGUCCGGGGGCUCAGGCGCACCCCAGAGCGGUGCCUCAGGCCCGCACCGACGCCCUCACAGCCCCUUCCCGUCUCUGUUCACGGGUGUGCAUGAACACUUUGUGAGAUACACGAAAAACAGCAGCAAAAGGCCCUAGCUGUGGGACCGGGCGUUCUGCCCUUGGCCUGGGUCCGGGUGGGGUCAGAGGCCCCAGGAGCUGCCCUUUUCCCUGGGGUCAAACACGACCACAGCCAGCUGGGGACAAAAGGCCCUUCUUCUGCAGAGCUGGAUGGUGCGGAGGAGGGAGCAUUCCCAGAGGCGGGUGGGGGCAGGGGCGGUGCCGGGUGAGAGCAGCGUCCCGGCUUCCCGGAACCCCCUCCACCUGCCUGCAGACAGACCAGCAGGCCCGGCUGGCUCCAGGAAGUGAGGCAGAGGGACUCCCACAGCCAGGCCAAGGCCGUGGGGGCAGGGCAGCCACAGCCGCUCCAGGCUGCUCUCCACCCUCGGGGCCCCAGGCCGCCAUGAUCAGAGGGGGCUGUGCCUGCAGGGGGCAGAGGGCUCGGGGCCAGGACCCACCGUGAUCUGGCCUGACCCGCCCUUGCCUCUGCGUGCCUUUCCCCGGGCCCUUCUCCCUGGAGAGUAGAGGCUUCCGGCUGUUCUGUUUGUGCUUCCUCCGCUGUCUGCCUCAAGUCCGGCUGGGGCCCUGACACUGCACCUCUGGCUGACCCCAUGCUCCCUGGGACCCUCUGUCUGUCCACGUCUCUCCUCUGGGGUGGAGUCAUCGGGUGGGGAGGGGGACGUCGGGAUGACUGCUGAAGGCUGAGUGCCACGGCAGAGCGGAGCACGGGACAGAGCUGAUGGGGAGGGUCCCCAGCAAGAGGGCCUCCAGGCAGGACUGGGAGCAGGGCAGGUGGCUGAGCUUGGCCCAGGCUGAGUGGAGGCCAGGCCUCCUGCGCCUUCUCCCGCCGAUGGUGAGCCGGAGGGCGGAGUGCCGCGGCUUCCUUGAGGGCCUGAGUCACAGCCAAGAAGACCCGCUCACUUUUUCCAGAAGUGAGGAAAACUUCCCCCUCAGCCCAGCAGGGCAGGCCGAGGUGUGACUGCUGGGCAGGGGUGGGGGACAGUAGGCCCCUGGCUGUGAGCAGAGCAGCCGACUACCCAGGGUGGGAGACAGCGGUGGCCAGCACCCUGCCUGACCACCUGGGUGUGCCUCCACUGGGCCUGCAGCUGGCCCCUGGUCAGACCCCAGGUCCUCCAGCUGCUGCCGCCUUGAGCGUCAUCUCCACAGCAGCCCCGGCGACUGGGGGCUGGGGGCCUGGCGAGGCCCCUCAGAGUGGCACAGCUCGCACUCUGGGAACCCAAAGUCCCCCCUCCGGGCCCAGGCGGAAGCACCAGGCAGUUUCUGGUCCCUGCCAAGGCCUGAGGUCUGUGGAGCCCAGCCAGCACCUCUACUGCCAAGAUCCCUGGUGGGGGGGGGGACGGGGGCGCCGGCGGGGACACAGCUCUCCCUUGUUCCUACCGCCAGCUCCUCAGACUCAGCUCCUCAGCCUGCUGCUUCCUUUUUUAGGCAAAGUAGAGCUCUGGCCGGCCGCACGCCCAGGGGUGUCUCACCUGCCUGAAAGGGAGGAAGGAAGGCCAAGGAGCCCCAUCCGCUCUCCUGCGGCAUCCUCCAGGAGAGGGUGGGGAGGGAGGGGACAUCCUGGCAGACACCCCCAUGUCCCCUGCCCCCAGCUCUGAGCUGAGGAGGCCCCGGGAGAGGGCCAUGGCUACUCUGAGGGAGGGAAUGCUUUGCUUCUUGGGAGGGUCAGGGUGGGGUUCUCUUAGGCCUCAGCUCCUGUGCAAGGGACACCACCAGCCUAGUACCACCUGAGCCGGGCAAAUCUGCCCUGGGGGACCAGUGUCCCUCAGGACACCCCCCGAAGCCAGCCACCUCUAGUCUGGACCUCACCGAGACCCUGAGACCCAAGAGCUCCUGCCUGGCUCACCAGUGGGCCCCUGCAGUCCUGCUGGGGUGUGUCCUGGGUCCGGGGUCUGGGCCCCUUGUUGGGCAGGGCAUAUGGGUCCCAGGCCCAGGGUGGUCACACUGCACAGGGCCAGCACCAACCAUCUCUGCUCCCAUGCUUCUUCCUCCAAGAAGCCCAGGUGGGGUGGGAGCCUCUAGUCUCUCAAAUUCUUGUCUUCUGUCCCCUUCCAAGGUACUGUGUCCUUCUAAGUUCCACUCCAAGGCCAUUCCAAUCCCUGCUGGUCAGUCCCUGGGACACACGCCCCAGUCCCUGAGAUACCUACCCCCCCCAACCCUGUGGCCAAGGUGAAGCCAGGGCCUGGGCCUUGUAGCGGGAACGUGUUUUUUUGGUGCCACUGUCAGCCCCUGGGGUUCUCUUGGGCCUGACUGCAGGGACCCCAGCACCCAGAGUCACGGCAGUGGCGGGCGUGGGGAGGACCUAGCUUGGGACCUCCCUGCUCAGCUCCACAGGCUGCGGGUCGCAGGGGGUGGAGAGAGCGGGGCCCACAGCCUUGGCCAGGAAGAGGGGGACUGGAGGGUCUGUGCGUGCCCACGCGUGCGUGCCUCGGUCGAAUCUCGACGGGUGGAGCGUCCCUGCGUGUCCCUGCGUGUCGGGAUCCGCUCGCGCGCGCUUCCCCGGAGGCUGUGCACGUGGCCCUCCGCUCGCGCAGGAGGGCGUGGGCGUGGCCUCGGCGUGGGCGUGGCCGUCCGGGGCGGGGCCUCCCGGGGGCGGGGCCGGCCUGGUCCGCGCCGCGACGCGCCCUGCAGCCCCGCGCGAGCCCGCUGCCGAGCGCCCCGUCCCUCGCGCGCGAUGCUCCCCUGGACGGCGCUCGGCCUGGCCCUGAGCUUGCGGCUGGCGCUGGCGCGGAGCGGCGCGGAGCGCGGUCCCCCAGCAUCAGCCCCCAGAGGAGACCUGAUGUUCCUGCUGGACAGCUCUGCCAGUGUGUCUCACUACGAGUUCUCCCGGGUUCGGGAGUUUGUGGGGCAGCUGGUGGCUCCUCUGCCCCUGGACACCGGGGCCCUGCGUGCCAGCCUGGUGCAUGUGGGCAGCCGGCCGUACACCGAGUUCUCCUUCGGCCAGCACAGCUCAGGCAAGGCUGCCCAGGAUGCGGUGCUCGCCUCGGCCCAGCGCAUGGGCGACACCCACACUGGCCUGGCGCUGGCGUAUGCCAAGGAACAGCUGUUUGCUGAAGCAGCAGGUGCCCGGCCAGGGGUGCCCAAGGUGCUGGUGUGGGUGACAGAUGGCGGCUCCAGCGACCCUGUGGGGCCCCCCAUGCAGGAGCUCAAGGACCUGGGCGUCACCGUGUUCAUAGUCAGCACUGGCCGGGGCAACUUCCUGGAGCUGUCGGCCGCUGCCUCGGCCCCUGCUGAGAAGCAUCUGCACUUUGUGGACGUGGAUGACCUGCACAUCAUCCUCCAAGAGCUGACGGGCUCCAUUCUCGACGCGAUGCGGCCGCAGCAGCUCCAUGCCACGGAGAUCACGUCCAGCGGCUUCCGCCUGGCCUGGCCACCCCUGCUGACCGCAGACGCUGGCUACUACGUGCUGGAGCUGGUGCCCAGUGCCCAGCCAGGGGCCGCGAGACGCCAGCAGCUGCCAGGGAACGCCACGGACUGGACCUGGGCCGGCCUGGACCCGGACACGGACUACGACGCGGCGCUGGUGCCCGAGUCCAACGUGCACCUCCUGAGGCCCCAGCACCUGCGAGUGCGCACGCGGCCAGGCGAGGCGGGGCCGAGGGUUGGGGGACCGGAGUCGGGGGCUGCGCCGGUCCCCACCCAGCCCGCGGCCCUCCCCGCCCCGGAGGAGGCCGGCCCGGAGCGCAUCGUCAUCUCCCACGCGCGGCCGCGCAGCCUCCGCGUGAGCUGGGCCCCGGCGCUGGGCGCGGCCGCCGCGCUCGGCUACCACGUGCAGUUCGGGCCGCUGGAGGGCGGCGCGGCGCAGCGCGUGGAGGUGCCCGCGGGCCGCAACUGCACCACGCUGCAGGGCCUGGCGCCGGGCACCGCCUACCUGGUGACCGUGACCGCCGCCUUCCGCUCGGGCCGCGAGAGCGCGCUGUCGGCCAAGGCCUGCACGCCCGACGGCCCGCGCCCGCGCCCACGCCCCGUGCCCCGCGCCCCCACGCUGGGCGCCGCGAGCCGCGAGCCGUGAGCCGUGAGCCGGCGUGCCCGCCCCGCCGAGAGGGCCGGCGCCGACCUCAGGGCCUCUGUGUCCCGAACCCAGCGCGGAGGCGCCCAGCGUCGAGGUUUUGCCCGGGAGACGACGGGUGCAGGCCCGGCCUUUCCCCACGCGGACUCCGCGCGACCCCGGCCCUCUGUCUCCCCGCGGCCGCAGGGCUCCCUGCCUGGCGCCUGCCCUCCAGGGCUCGGGCCUCGCCCGGAGGGACCCCCGCAGCAGCUCCGGCCCAUCCCCGCCCAGAGUCCAGCGUGGUGUGGACCUGUGGGUGGUGUUGAGAACAUCAGAGAUAGGACUGUCCGGGGAGGAACCCAGUCAGACUCCCACGUGUGAAGUAGGCCGGGCCCCAGGUGGCAGGGCUGGCCUGGGGGAAGGCAGCUUGGGCCCUGGGUGUUGGCAGAAAGUGGAGGGAAUCACGGCAGAAGCUGGCCCAGGUCAGGUCCCCAAAGGCUUCUGGAGAGAAGGAAGGGCAGGUAGGAGCACAGGGAUGCUGAGGGUGUGGCCAGCAUGCCCAGCCGGCCGGAGGGCAGUGCCUGCUGGGGACAGUGGCCCUGCCGUCAUUCCCAGGACGCCAGCUGGGUCCAGCUAGCAGCCACUGGGAAGCACAGGAAUGGGGCAGAGCCGGGCAUUCAGGACUGUGGGGACAGGAGGCGCCCCCCACCCCACUGGAAGCCUUCCCUGGUGGGGGGACACUUCCCAGGGCUGCAGGGAGGAUGCUGUCCAGGGAGAUGAGGUCUCACCAUUCGUGCAGGGCCCAGUGUCCUCUUUUGGCUGUGAGGGGUCAUACUCGCUGCCCUGGGGCCCGAGGGUGAAUCAUCCAGGGUGGGGGUGCCUGGCUAGGUGCAGCCCCACCCCGCCCCACCCCCAGGACCACGGCAUCACGCAACGCUCACCUCGCCUCUUCCCCACUAACGUCCCAGACUUUACAAUCCAGUAAAUCAGAUGUACACCCAGC